AUGGCCGCUACUGUUUUCGUUUUUACUUGUGUUUUCGGUUUGUUAGCUCCGAGCAUCUACGGACAAUGCCUGUCACGGUGUGCAAACAACUUGGGCGUUUACGGCAAUGGCCUAGCAAUUACAAUUGUUAUAAUAAAAAAUUACAAAGAUUGUUCACUCUCUGCAGCUAACGCAGAUGCUGCGCUAGCAGCCGCCGACGGUGGAGGUUUUAUUAUGAUCAGCAGCUCACCCAGUGCUUCACGCGGUGUAUUUGUAUCAUCCGAUAACGAAAUUUCGGGCAUUUUGUCGGUCAUCGGUCAGCUGCCAUUCUCAAGCACCGCACUUUUGGACGGUGCAUUGCCUAUAGCUGGCGCUGGUUCUGUAAGAUACGGCUGUGGAUACGGUGACCUGAGCAUCUUGCGUGAGUAA